CGCAAGCGUAGUUGGAACCGGGCAAGAUCUGGCGUGCGCAUGCGCUUUGCUGGCUCCCUCCCUCCUGCUUCUGAAGAAACCAGCACCAUGAACACAGCACAGGGCACUGUGGGCAGCGACCCCGUCAUCUUGGCCACUGCUGGCUAUGACCACACAGUUCGCUUCUGGCAGGCCCACAGUGGGAUAUGCACCCGGACUGUCCAGCACCAAGAUUCUCAGGUCAAUGCUCUCGAGAUCACCCCAGAUCGGAGCAUGAUUGCUGCUGCAGGCUACCAACACAUCCGUAUGUAUGACUUGAACUCCAAUAACCCAAACCCUGUUAUCAACUACGACGGUGUCAGCAAGAACAUCACCUCUGUUGGCUUCCAUGAAGAUGGUCGCUGGAUGUACACGGGAGGCGAGGACUGCAUGGCCCGCAUCUGGGACCUCAGGUCCCGUAACCUCCAGUGCCAGCGCAUUUUCCAAGUGAAUGCCCCCAUCAACUGUGUCUGCCUCCAUCCCAAUCAGGCAGAACUUAUUGUUGGGGACCAGAGUGGGGCCAUUCACAUCUGGGACUUGAAGACGGACCACAAUGAACAGCUCAUCCCAGAGCCAGAAGUCUCUGUCAACUCUGUUCAUAUUGAUCCUGAUGCCAGCUACAUGGCUGCCGUUAACAGUUCAGGUAACUGUUACGUGUGGAAUCUCACAGGUGGCAUAGGAGAUGAGGUGACGCAGCUCAUCCCAAAGACCAAGAUUCCUGCGCACAGCCGCUAUGCUCUCCAGUGCAAAUUCAGCCCAGACUCCACGCUUUUGGCAACCUGUUCUGCUGAUCAAACCUGCAAGAUCUGGAGAACGUCUAACUUCUCUCUGAUGACGGAAUUGAGCAUCAAGAGCAACAAUCCAGGGGAAACCUCCCGCGGCUGGAUGUGGGACUGCGCAUUUUCAGGAGACUCUCAGUACAUUGUCACAGCCUCCUCGGAUAAUCUGGCCAGGCUCUGGUGUGUGGAAACGGGCGAGAUCAAGCGGGAAUACAGUGGGCAUCAGAAAGCGGUUGUCUGCCUUGCUUUCAACGACAGUGUAUUGGGCUGAGAAGGAAGGCUGCGCUCCCAAGAUUGCUACAAGACUGUUUUUUUUGGUCAGGUGUGCAUAGACUGUGUUGCCACCCACAGCUGCCUUUCUGCAGAAGAGCCGGAUUCAAGUAAAACUAACUGAAGCCACCUUAACCAUCUUAGUUCUUUGCACAGUGGCAGGCAGUUUUAAAACGGAACCCCCAAAUUUUGUUUGGUGUAAGAUCCUUGUGCAAAAGCAUCACUUAACAAAGAGUUGUUUGUAAGGAGAAACUGUGACACUCAACACCGAUGUUGCUGUAUGGGAUGGAUCUCCCAACACAUGGUUUCAACUUGCUCUCUUUGGGGAACUGCUUUUGUUUAGGUAGACUGCCCUCUGUUCCUUCCAUUCACUUUUGCCCAACGUAAAUGGCUAAGCGGAAAUUCCAGCUAAUGUGCCUCUAGUUAUUUGUAUAAAAUUUUAUUGCCAAUGUUUAAUAUUUGCAAACAUGACACACCCCUUCUCCCCCGCUAGGAGCAAAGGUAGGAGGCCUCUGUUGCAAGCUUGCCACCUCCUGCUCCAGAAGGCUCACUGCAGUUGGAAGAGAAAUGGUUUACCCUCGUUGCUUUUAUGGUUAUAAACUGCUGGAUUGGAUCAGAGGCCCAUCUAGGCCAGCUACACCAGUGGGAAGCUCACAAGUAGGAUGUGAGCACAGGAAAACUCAUCACUGUGAUUCCUGUUUUGCAGGGGGUUGGACUAGAUGACCCUUUGUGUCCUUUCCAACUCUGCAAUUCUGUUAUUUCCCCUCUGCUCCUGGAGGUUACUGUCUUGACUAGUAGUUAUUGAUAACCCUUUUCAUCCUCCAUGAAUUGUCUAGAGUAGACUUCUCUCAAAGCCAUCCAGGUCAGUAGCCAUCACUGCAUCUUGUGGGAGCGAAUUCCCAUAGUUCAGCUGGAACUUUCUUCUGUCCCUCCUGAAUUUUCCAACAUUAGCAUCAUUAGACAAUCCGGGGUGGGGUGGGACAGCAUUAUGGUAGAGCGAGGAAAAAACUCUCUGUGUUUUCUAACUGAAUCAAGUUGCAAGUAAAAAUGCAGUUAGGCCUGACAUUCAAUGCUGUAGCCAGGCGUGGGGAGAGUGAGCAAUGGCUUCUCCCCAGAGUUGGGGGGCUGCACCCUGUUCUGGGCUCCGAAGUGCCUUUAUUAAUUAGCAGAUGAUUUAAGGCAGCCUUUCCCCAGCUGGUGCUAUUGAGCUGUUUUGGACUACAACUCUCAUCAGCUCCAGCACCCUAUGGCAAUGGCAUCUAUGGCUGACGUCGAGUUGUAGUCCAAAAAAGCUGGAGAGCACCAGCUUGAGGAAGGCUGGUUGAGUAAUGGAGCUAGCCAAGCAGUGUAUCACUGCCAUCCCGGUCCACAGAACUGAAAAAAAGGACUGAAAAGGGCCUCCCAGCAGGGAAUUGUGCUUGGAGAAGUGCAAGCAGGUUUUUCGGCCUGGGGUGGGGGACGACACAGGAGUUCUUGGUUCCUCUCUUCUCUCUCUCCCUUGCUGCUAUUAACACACAUCUCAAGCUGCUCAUUUCCUCAUAUUUUGUGCUUUUAAUUAUUUUCACACAUGCACACACACCAGGGUAGCUCCU